UUGACAGGAAAGAAAAUUAAUGAAUCCAAAGGAAAAGAUAUGGCCAGUGAGGAGGGAGAAGACAUUCUUGCUGAUGUAUCAGAUGUAGAAACACAAGAGGACUGGGAAUAUGCUGGACUUGAGGCAAUUGAUAAGGCAUGUCUGGAAAUAUAUCCAGAUCAAAUUAACCCAUUACAGGCUACAGCUGUAGUUAAAUUUUGGUUAGGAGGUCCAGACCCUCUGGAUUAUAUCAGUAUUUACUCCAACAAUGGUGAUGUAGACAGAGGAAUUCCUCCUCACUGGCAUUAUGUCAGCUAUGGAUUCUCAGACUUGUAUGGAGACAAUAGGGUUCACAAGUAUAGUGGUUCUGGAUUGCCCAGUGGCUAUGGUUUUGAAAUGACAAUGAGAUUAAAGAAAUGUGGAAAUGAGUCGGCACCACCGAUGUGGCCAUCUGGUCUUAUGAACAGAUUGGCAAAUUACGUUUUCCAGACUGGAAAUACUCUCCAUGUUGGAGAUCACGUACCGUGGCAUAAACCGUUGGAUGGUUGUGAGGAAUCUCUUGUACAACACAUGCUUGUUGCUAAAGAUCCACAGUUACAUGAACUUCACUCUCCAUAUGGAAAUCUGGACUUUAGACAGGUAGUUGGAGUGACAAAUGAUGAGAUGAAAGCUGCGCAGAGAUGGAAGGGUGCUGGGGUACUUGAACUUAUGUCAUCUAGUAAAGGAGUAGGGCCAUAUUUUAUCACAGAUCUAGGACGUAAACAGUCAAUAUUUGAAGCUGAAGCUGGUCUUAUAGGUAAAGUUAAUGAAGGUAUUAACAUUGAUGGAUCUAAUCUGGGACAUGUUACAGCUAUAUGUAAGUGGGAAGAUGUAAACUCGAGUGUAUUAGAUGUAGAGAAUGUUGAUGAUAACCAGGAGCCAGAGUGUCUAGAAGGUGUACAUCUAAUGUUUGAUUCUGAGUCAGCUGACCUUCUACCUAUGGUUAUCAGAGGCAGGUUACAGAAGGGGCGUUUCUUCGUGUUUCACAAUGCUGAGAACCACACUAUACAUCUUAUACCAGCAGAAUUUCAUGAAGAGGGAAUAUAUGUGAACCAGACUGAGCCAUUGAAAGCACAGGGGAGUUACCUUCAGAUUUUCUGUUCCAAUACGCUUCUAGAAAAAAUGUCAGAAGAAUUAGAGUGUUUGCAUGACAGACCUUGUGAUUCUCGCAAUUAUCCACGGGAAUUCCGGUUCACAGAUCCAACUUUGAUAAUCACUGUGUCACCACGUGGUACAUUGAUUGGAGAAGAGUCUUUAGGGACCAUUUAGAUGCUGUCUAGUCAUUAUAAAUGUUAGAUAUACAUGUAUUUAUUACGCAAUCCAUGUCCAAGUUGUUGUCAUGUUUGACCUUGUUUUACUGGCUGCGAAGAUUCGACUGUUAAUAGAUAUUUAGUAUUUUACCAAAAAUGUACCACAAUCAUAUGUGUUAUGGUGAUGUAGCUUUGUUUAUAUUAUAGGAUUAAGUAUAAGGAGGGUGAUAUAUUGUUGCUGACAUGUUAUAUGUAGCUUCUGUAUUAUUAUAAAAUAUGUAUAACAUUUAUACCUUAGGUAUUAUCCUGCCAAAACAACUAUAGUCAAGCCAAAUAUAAGUCAAACUAUUUUUGUUACUACCUCAACUUGUAUGAACAAAAAGAAUAAAGUAUUUUUUUAAAGAGACUAUCAAGUAUCAAGGGCUAUCUUAACAUUACACCAAUGACAGUGGCCCUUCUCUUAAGUGAUCUUUGAAGAUGCAAAAAAUAUUACAUUUAUAUAUAAGUUAUUUUAUUAGUUUAGAACAAGUAGAUAAUGCUUUGUUUUUUAUUAUACGUUAAGGACCAAUGCUUAUUGAAUGUUGUCUAUUAAGAUGUGUUCAUAUGUUAUAAUUUACUUUAAACGAUGAUAAGAUAAGUACAUAUCAAGUGUCCAUUGUAUCACUGUUAUAUCUCAAUGAUACUUAAGGGAAAAAUGAUAAUAUUAAUGUGAAGUACAGUCAGUUAUCAGUAUUUUACAAGAAUUGACCUAGUCAUGUCAAAUUGUUCUUGACAUGUUGACAAAGGGCGUUAUUUGCCUUGCUUUGUAUAUAAGUAGAAUAUGAGAGACCUGAUUGUUCUCAUUGGUGUGAUAAUUGUUUGUUCUCCCUCUCUUUAAACUAAAGAUAAUGUACAAACAAAUUAGUUACUCACUGAAAUGAUAUAUUUACAAAUUUGAAUAAGAUAAAUUAGUAUUGUAAAUGUGUUAAGAACUAUAUUUCAUAGAACAAAUAAGACUGCUUUUAUGAAGUUUUCAUAGAAAACAUAUAAAUGUUUAUUGUACAUGUAUGAGACAUUUCAUAUUACAAUUGAUAUCAUUGUAAUGCUGUUUUUCAAAUGCUUGAAAUCUGUAUACUUUAUUUUGUUUUACAUGCGCUGUUUUGUAGAAAAAUAUUGUUUAACGUUUUGUGAAGGUUAAUGACAUGAAAGUUUUUUCAGCAAAAUACUCCCUAUUAAGUCAAGUUUAAAUAUUUGCUUAAGAUAUUAGGACCCUAAUGAGCACUAACAGGAACUAAAAAAUUGACAUCAUAGGUCAGACGUAUACCUUAAAGUACACCUGUAUGCAAAAUUUAAACAAAGUUUACCGUACGGAAAUCAAGUUAUGGCCACUUUUCUGAACUCAAGCUAGGAUGUUAUGAGGAUAUCCGGACAAUUCCCCUCCCGGACGAUUCCCCUCCAAGUAAAUUUGAAUGUUUUUUCACAACCCGGACAUUUCCCCUCCCGUUAUUUUUUUACGGCGGACAAUUCCCCUCCCGUUAAUUUUACAGGGCGGACAAUUCCCCUCCCGUUAUUUUAGCAGAGCGGACAAUUCCCCUCCCGCUGUUGUCAGAGCGGACAAUUUCCCUCCCGUGGCUGUUGAACAUAUAUAUGUUAUAAUAUUGUUUAUUUUAAAGGUAUUUUUAAUGGACUUUAAAUACAUUUUGCUUGUCUAUAUUGACAUGAAUAUAAAAAUAAAACGCAUUUUUUUGUUAAAAUAAUCUUUAUUUCGUCAAUACAUUUCUGCAGCGGUAAAAUAAUUGUAAAUUAUUGGUUUUACAAUCAAGGACACAUUUAAUUAAGGGCAGCAUUGAUUAAAGAUUUUUUAUUGACAGUUUGUUCAUCUUAAAGCAGC